UACAAUGCUAAUCCUAAUACCGAUUUUAAAAUAGGCACCUUUGUGUGCUUAAAUAUUUCUGUAUAAAACAGAAAUACCUAUGUAAAUGCAGUUCCUAGUUUAAUUUAUUUUAUUUAAAUAUAUGUUUAAUUAUAUGAAGCAUAUGUUUUCUUAUAUGUCAACAGAAAAAUUAAAAUGAACCGUUGUAGAGCAUUUAAAAAUGUUACCCAUGUCAUUUUUGACCUAGACGGAGUUCUGUUAGAUACAGAGAAAUUAUAUACACUAGGAGUGCAAAACGUUGUUAACAAUUAUGGAAAAGUUUACAAUUGGUCGGCUAAAUCCCAAGUCAUGGGCCUACCAGGUGCAGACGCAGCUAAGAAAAUUGUAGAGUUGUUAGAGUUGCCUAUCUCCCCAGAAGAAUUUUAUAAAUUAGCCAAAAUCCAAUAUGCCCUUGUAUUGAAAGAUGCUGAAAUAAUCCAAGGAGCUGCAAGGGUGGUCAAGCACCUACACAAAAACAAUAUUCCCAUAGCUGUAGCGACCUCAUCGAGUCAAGAUAGUUUUACUUUAAAGACAGCGAAGCACAAAGAUUUCUUCUCUCUGUUUAGUCACGUGGUAUGCGGUGGCUCCGAUCCGGAAGUGAAAGGGGGAAAACCAAAGCCAGAUAUAUUUUUAGUUUGCGCCUCAAGAUUUUUAGAUAAACCACAUCCUGAAAAAUGUUUGGUGUUCGAAGAUGCACCUAACGGUGUUAAAGCUGCUCUUGCCGCUGGAAUGCAAGUAGUUAUGAUUCCCGAUGAAAACGUACCCGUAGAAUUGAGAAAGGAUGCACACGUAGUAGUUAAUUCUCUCGAAACGGCUCCCUUAGAUUUAUUUGGUUUACCUCCAUUGUCCAGUUAGCAUAUAAGUAGACCUUGUGUAAAAAUAAAUCUGUUCUGUUA